AACCUCGAAGAUGGUAUUUAAUAAACGCCACCUGCAAAGAAAGCAAACAGUCACCUAUCAAUAUUGUCACCAAAUAUGUCAUUUAUGAUGACAGCCUGAAGCCUCUGAAUUUUGAAGGAUACGAUGUCAAGGGGUCUUCCAAAUGGAGCAUAGAAAAUAACGGGCAUACAGUUAAACUAACAUUUAGCACAACCCCCACAAUUGGAGGCGGAGGUCUGAAAGGAAAAUACAAGGCCGUGGAACUUCAUUUUCACUGGGGAGUAAAAGACAUCAACUACUACCUGCCUGGGUCAGAACACAGCAUAGAUGGGGAAAAAACAGCUAUGGAGAUUCAUAUUGUCCACAUAAAAGAAGAGCUUUCAGAUAUAACAGAAGCAAAGAAAAAUGAGAAUGGUAUAGCUGUGUUGGCCUUCUUUGUAGAGGUUGGAGAUGAAAAUAAAAAUUAUGCAACUCUAAUAAAUGAAUUAGACAAUGUUAAAUACAAAGGGAACGUAGGACAGAUGGAUCCUUUGCCACUGUUCUCUCUUCUCCCAAACGAAGAAGACCUGGCAAAAUACUACCGGUACACAGGGUCCCUCACCACCCCAGACUGCCACGAGGGUGUCAUCUGGACGGUGUUUGAGAAGCCGGUGGCGCUCAGCCUUGCACAGGUUUCUCAGUUCUCAUUGCUCCACUUUGGUGGCAAUAACUCAACAUACAUGGUUGAAAAUUUCCGGCCUGUUCAGCCUCUGAACGACCGAAGCAUUUACUGGUCUGGUGCCAGCCUCCCGCAGCCUUCUGCUCAGGUUUUAGUGUUGCUCUCAGUCCUGACAUAUAUCCUGAGCUCUCUCCUGCGAUGA